CGAGGUAGGCUGGGGGAGAGGGGAGGGGUCCCUCCCUCCCAUCGAAUCCCCUUCUCACAUCGCGCGAGCUGCUGGCGGGAAGGCACGAGAAGGCGAGGGAGAGGGGAGGGUAAAGCGGCAGGGAGCGCGUGUGCGCGCGUGAGUCUGUGCGUGCGCGUAGAUUGCACCACCGCAUCCCGUUCACCGUUUCUGCGGGCGGCCAUGCUCUGAUGGAGGGAAUAAAACCGACAACCGUCUUUUUACACUCCGAGUGAUCCGGCACCAUGUCAUUCCAGAUGUGACAGACAAGUCGUUUUAUGAAGCCUGCUUUCACUCCUUUGCUGUUUAACGCACAGAGGCUGUGACAUCAUGGCUUUGGUUAUGGAACCUAUAAGUAAAUGGACACCAAAGCAAGUGCUGGACUGGAUGAAAGGUCUGGAUGACUGUCUCCAGCAGUACGUGAAGAGUUUCGAGAGGGAGCAAAUGGGCGGGGAGCAGCUUCUGCACAUCACUCAUCAGGAGCUGGAGGAGUUGGGGGUUACGAGGAUAGGACAUCAGGAGCUCAUCCUAGAAGCGGUUGAUCUCCUCUGCGCCCUGAACUACGGCCUAGAGACAGAAAACCUCCGGACUCUGUCACAUAAGUUGAAUGCUUCAGCCAAGAACCUUCAGAACUUCAUCCUGGGAAGGCGAAGGGGAGGACACUAUGAUGGAAGAGCUUCCCGAAGGCUACCCAAUGAUUUCCUCACCUCAGUGGUGGAUUUGAUUGGUGCGGCAAAAAACCUGCUAGCCUGGCUUGACAGGUCUCCGUUUGCCAGUGUGACAGAGUAUUCAUUACUGAAGAACAAUAUUGUGCAGCUCUGCCUCGAAUUAACUACCAUUGUACAGCAGGACUGCACUGUGUAUGAGACAGAGAAUAAGAUUCUUCAUGUGUGUAAGACUUUAGCAGGGAUAUGCGACCACAUCAUCUCUCUGUCAUCGGACUCUCUGGUCUCUCAGUCAGCCCAUCUGGAGGUUGUCCACCUGACAAGCAUCAUGCCCAGUGAAGGCUUGGGGAUGUACAUCAAAUCUACAUAUGAUGGACUUCAUGUAAUAACUGGGACAACAGAGAAUUCUCCAGCAGAUCAGUGCAAAAAGAUUCAUGCUGGUGAUGAAGUCAUCCAAGUAAACCAUCAGACAGUGGUGGGCUGGCAGUUGAAGAACCUGGUCAAUGCUUUAAGAGAAGACCCAUGUGGAGUUAUCCUAACACUGAAGAAGAGGCCACAGAAUACCUUGAGUUCCACUCCAGCACUGCUGAGGAACGUGCGAUGGAAACCACUAGGCUUGCAGCCGGUCCCCACCAGCCCAACCAGCACCUCGCCGACACCAGGUGGAACUUUAGGCAUGUCCAAAAUGGAUGCUCAGGAUGUCUACAUCCUUUCCCCUGUUUCUGGACUCUACAGCCCCAGGGAGGAGUUGGGUUUGAUUUCAUGUGACGACAUCACCCGGUACAGUCUGACCUCCCAGUCUGGUUCUAAAGGGUCAGAAGCUGUCAGCUACUACCUGGACCAGGACAGUGGUCAGUACUUCUCACUUUUGGAGGGAGACGGACCACCAGGUUCAGAAUAUGACAGAAGCCGUAAUACGGGCGUGCGGAGGCGCGACAAGACCCCCACACACGGUGACCUCAGACCUGUGUCCAUGCCUCCUGAAUAUAACUGGAUGGCCGAGGCCAAGGAACCCAGCACGGGCAAGAGAGGGAGCCGAGAUUCAGACAACUCUCUACUACGUUACCUCAGCGAUGACAAAAUCCUGGUCAUUGAGGAGGAGCCCGAGGGUCCGGGUAGAGAGAGCCGAAGGGACUCCACUAGACGCUCUCGGCGCAAGAGCCGCAAUCCCAGCAGCCCUAGCUUUCCCCUCAGCCCAUCUAUGCUGUCCUCUACUCUCCGCUUAGACCAGCCGCCAGAUCCUUUGCCUCGAGGUGCGGACACACUACGAGCAGACACAACAGACAGGUACUCUGGAAGCUCCGGAGCAGCCUCCAUGAAGAAAUCUUUCCAUUACACCUCACUGAGAACGAAAACCAAAAAGAGAAGUAAAGGUUCCCUCACUAGUGCCAGUCGAAGGAGAAUUUCCUGUAAGGAUCUCGGCCAUGGUGACUGUGAAGGCUGGCUGUGGAAGAAGAAGGACGCUAAAGGAUACUUUACACAAAAAUGGCGAAAGUAUUGGUUUAUUCUGAAAGAAUCUUGCCUCUAUUGGUACACCAAUCAGAAUGAUGAGAAAGCUGAGGGCUUCAUCAGCCUCCCUGAGUUCAGAAUAGACCGGGCCAUAGAGUGCAGACGGAAAUUUGCCUUCAAAGCCUGCCAUCCCAAAAUCAAGAGCUUCUUCUUCGCCACAGAUUGUCUUGAGGAAAUGAAUAGGUGGAUGAACCGGCUUGGGUUGGCUGCUAUUGGCUACACACCGGAUGACAAAAUGCCACGUCCAGAUGAAGACUACUGGAGUGAGAGUGAUCAAGAUGAGGUUGAUGGCUCCAUGACACUCAAACAAGAGGGAACAUCCUCUCUCUGCGAUACUUACCACCGCACACCAUCAUCUAACCUCCUCCACACUUAUGACCAAUUACCCCGUUCUGUCAGCUCCAUGAGCCUCAUGCGCUCCACCCCGUCUCCCCAUCCACUACCGAUGAGUGCCUCCACCUCCCCCAUCCCUCCACAGAUGGUUUGUUCCACUUCCCCUCUUCCUCUGCAGGUCAAUUCUUCUAGCCCCUUUCCAGAGCCAAAGCAUGGGCGACAUUUUUCCAGCGAGUCCACGCACUCCCACUCAUCUGCUGAAGACCAGCGUGGAGAAGGAUUGGCCAUGGGCACCGGAACAGGCAGUACCAGUACCCACUCCUCAGGUUGCCGGUCUUCACAUCGUGAGCGUCGCUCCUGGCAGGACCUCAUUGAGACCCCUUUAACCAGCGCAGGGCUGCAUUUCCUGCAGACAGCACCAGGAGAAAACGAUUAUGGUGGCCUGAUGGGGAGCAUGGCCGGUGAGAUGGGACAGUAUGGAGGAUUUGGGAGGCAGGGCAUGUCCCCGGACAGCCGCAGGCAGGCUACGCUUCCGGUACGAAGACAUCAUGCUGCAGAGAGGGACAGGGAUCGGGAUGGGCCUUUCCCUCUGGAGCGGGGUCCAUACACACACAGCUACACACACAGACGCUCCCAUAAGCAGCGCAGUCAGAGUCUACCCAGGAAUAGGGACCCAUUUGGAGGAAAGAUGAUACAUUCAUCACCUCACAUGGAGGAGAGAAGUGAAGAUGAGGAGGCAGAGAGGCAGGCUGCAGAUCUUCUCGAGGGUGAGGAGGGUAAGAAAGAUUUGCCAGAGUUGAGAGUUGAGAGCAGAGAGAGGAGGGUCUCAGAGGGAAGGGAGCGACGGGUGUCAGACGGACGUGAGCCUGAGCCAUUGGAUGGGCUAGAGCAGCUGUACCGGACCCUGGAACAAGCCAACGUUACACCGCUAGGUGAUCCAAGACCUUGUAGCAGACAGGAGCUUCGACGAGGUUUCACUCAGAGAGUCAGGGACCCCCUUCUGAACGACAGACUUCACCGCAUCAGAGCACUACGUAGCACCUUGAAGGCCAAAGAGUCUGAGCUGGCGGUAAUCUGCGCCCUAUUGGAGGACCCAGGCCUGUGCUCCCAGACCUUCAGAGAAUGGAAACAGUGGCAUAGUGAGCUCUAUUCCGACAUCUGUCAGGUCAGCCCCGGCACCAAUGGUCAGGACGAUCUCUCCCCGCUGAGUGCUCCCAUCAUGACCCACACACACUCCUUUAUUGAAACCCAUGUGUGACAUAGAGGACAAGACUGAACUCUCGACCUAUCUAUCGCUCUCUCACACUCUGUCUCACACACACACACACACACACGCAAACACACACACAUUCACGCACACAAUCAUGCACGUGCACACACACAAAGCUACACACUUUGUUAGUGUAAAUAUAGAGGGAACAGUCUGAGAUGUGUAUGAGUGUACUUUUGAUAACUCCAAGGACCCAACAGGGUGCCCGUUGCAUGCCUGAACCGAAACCAUUAAUCUUCUUUUGUCUGUGGAACUCAGCAUAAAGUCCACAUGCUUGUCAAGAAGAAAAUGGGGGACAAUGGAUAUGUUUGGACAUGUUACUGUACAUGUCCUUUGUACUCUAUUUUGUUUUUGCUCUAAUUCUGAUUAUUUUGAGGGUGGAGGGCCAUCAAUGUAGCAGCAAUACAGCAGAAUUCUUUUCACCACAGCACUGUACUUUUGUACUAAUGAACUUGCACCCAGAGCCACCAAUGUUCCCCCUUCACCGUUUCUUUUUUAUUUCCUCCCUGCAUAUCAUGCUGAUAGCUCUGUUAUUCCAAGUUGAUCCGACAGGGCCGUGCAAGAAAAGUAAACUCAGUGACUUUAUUUAAAGACUGUGAAAGGUUGCCAUUAAUGCUGGUUAAUCUCUCUUUGCCAAUGAACCAAUGAAAACAACCACAACAGUCAAACAAGAACCAUUUUCUGUAUCCACAACUGUGAAGAUGUUUAUCUGCACAAGGAGAUUAGACUCCUCUGUUUGUGAGCAAAUUUACAGUUUUAAUUUAUAAUAUCAUAUAAACACCACUCCAAUCUCUGUUCUCUGUUAUAUUCUCCUUCCAUUCUAAUGUGUCUUUUUCUUCUCUUUCUAUGAUUGUGUAUACGUGUAUACUACUGUGUAUACAAAUGUAAAUGUUUGCGUUCCACUACCACUGUGAUUUGCUUUUAGAGAGAGCACUGAGAUGUAUUUGAAUGUGUGCUUUUUUUGUUAAACUGUGAUAGUCAUUUACAAAGAAGUCACUCACUACAAAGAAUGCACUUUCUAUGUAUUUUCAUCUCAUCAGCAACAUCACAGGAUCCGUCUCAUUGGCCUCUCAUUGCUGUUCAAAAUAUCAGGUAAAGGCAUCUCAUUUUCUGAAGAUUUAUGUACAGUCGUCUAAUAUAUUUAAACAAAGACAAAUAUAUAACUAUAUUUAUGUUUUGUGUCAUGAAUAUAAUGUAAAGUAUGAUGUAUUCUAUGCCAAGGUUUUGCAUUGUACCCCUCUUCACACUGUUUCUGUCGAUGCAGGUUAACUCAGAGCAAACCCUGUCACCAGUCUGCGCGACUUUUACUGUUUUUUUGCCAAAACAUUAAAGCUGACCCAUAGACAUUCUCCGGGUUAUGCGUUGCAUGAGAAAAGGCCUAGGACUGAUUUAAUUGGACAGGGUAAAAUAUUGAAACUCAUUUCUGUCAAUUCUUUUAUAGUCCUGAAUCUUCAUGAUUGCAGGAUUGAUCACAACAGAGUAUCAUUGAAGAAUGAGUUUUGACUUUUUCAUUUAGAGAUUUGAAAAAUUCUUCUUCUAUGUGUUUUAAGACAUGUGCUAUACAACAACUGGAAAGUGGGGGUGGACAGCAUUGUAUGAUUUGCCUCUGUCCAUACCCUAAAGAAUGUGACAAAAAUAUAGAUUAUCCACCACAGAGUGAGUUACAAGUUACAAAGAAAAUCUCAUUUGAUAUUCUGUUUUUGAAUACCAGUCAACUCUGCCCUCAGACUUAUAGUACCUGUUGCAUCAAGCACUAUAUUUUGGUGUGCUUCACUUUCUACUGUUAUUAUUUUAGGCUAGCCUUAGUUUGUAUCAUCGUGUUACACGCUUGUGAAAUAACAAAGAAGACACAGAAAUGCAGUUCUGUUUUUUGAAAGGUUCAUUUGAGAGUAUCACACAGAAACUAAAUGAUGCAAGCACUUCCCUGUGCCUCCCCGUCCCGACUCUCUCCUUGGCAACGUCAGACUUACUAAACUGGACUUCCUAAAUACACAUAGCUGUAGACGAUUGGGAAUGCAGUCUUGUUCUGCGGAGGUCUACACGUUACUCAUCGUUUAUUGGUUCUCCUGUUUUCCCCAUCAGUUGCUCAGUGAAAUAGCAACUUGACUGUAAACAUGCAGAGGACAAGUUCGAUUUGCGGCCACAGACUGUGUAAUCAUCUCCUCAUCUUUGUGUAGACCACUAGACCUACAGAACCAGGUCGAAAAGGGAGAUUCACUGUGUGUCCUUUCAGGGGUGUACACCUCAUGGUACAUUGCACAGGUGUGUAAGAUGUAAGUUGCACUGCGACAUAAAAAAGGAACAUAUUGCUCUUUUUCAAGGAUGAUAUUCGCUUACUGUAAUUCUGUACAAUAAACGGACUAAAGAUGAUAUUUAAAAAGAAAAGAGAGACAAGUACAUUUAUUCUUCCUAAAAUAGCCUUUUUUGGUUUCAUAUACGUAUAUGAAUAUAUAUAUAUUACAAAAAUACAGAUUGUAAGUUGUUAAACUUUGACUCCAAUAAACUGAAUCCUCUGCACUACAA